AUGGUGCAAAACACCUCCCGGACAUUCACCCUCAACGACGGCCGGUCCAUCCCGGCUGUCGGCCUCGGCACGUGGCAGUCCAAGCCCAACGAGGUCCGCGACGCCGUCAAGUUUGCCCUCCAGCAUGGCUACCGGCACGUCGACACGGCCCUCAACUAUGGCAACGAACAGGAGGUCGGCGAGGGCAUCCGCCGGUCGGGUGUCGCCCGCGAGCAGAUCUGGGUGACGACCAAGCUGGACAAUCCCUGGCACCAUCGGGUGGCCGAGGGCUUCGAGAAGUCGCUGAGCGAUCUCGACGUUGGCUAUAUCGACCUUUUUUUGAUGCAUUUCCCCUGCUCGACAGACCCCGACGAUGCCACCAAGCAUCUCCCCGACUGGGACUAUAUCAAGACGUGGAAAGAAAUGCAGAAGCUGGUGGACGCGGGCAAGGUCAAGUCCAUUGGCGUAUCCAACUUCCAGAUUCGCCAUCUCGAGAAGCUGCUGGGAGAUCCGAGCUGCAAGAUCGUGCCAGCCGUGAACCAGAUUGAGCUUCAUCCGUGCAACCCUUCACCAAAACUGCUCGACUUUUGCAAAGCAAAGGGCAUCCACUGCACCGCCUACUCGUGUCUCGGCGGCACGGCCGGAUCGCCCAUCAACAACUCGGGCCCGCUCAUGGACGAACCGGCCAUUGUCGAGAUUGCCGCGGCCAAGGGCAAGACACCCCAACAAAUCGUCCUCAUGUGGGGCCUGCAGCGCGGCACUAGCAUCAUCCCCAAGAGCGUCACGCCGGCCCGCAUCGAGCAGAACUUUGCGCUCGACGGCUGGUCGCUGGCACAGGCGGACAUGGACCGCAUCAGCGCCGUCAAGGGCCGCUUCAAGGUGGUGCAGGACGCUUGGAUGCCGAUCCGUGUGUUCUUUGGCGACGACGAGUAG